GGUGUGACUCGGAGGACAUAGGAAAGAUUUGUGAAUAGGGCAACAGCGAGUUCGCUCUUUCUUUGUUGUGUUUUCUUGUGUCGCUGUUCAAUAACGAAGGUCUCAACACCUACAAAGUCGCCGUCGCCUUCAACUCUCUCGUCAGACUCUUUUGCAAUCGAUUGCUAUAUCCGGAAAUACGAUCCCUCAAUUCGAGAUGAGCGCCAACCCCACUUCGUGCAAGGUCGUCCUUGCGGCCAACAUUGCAAAGAAGCUCCAAGCGGAGGUGGCCGAUGGUCUGGCUAAAUUGGAUCGCAAGCCGCAUCUCGUUGGUUUCCUUGCGAACAAGGACCCGGCGGCGCGCAUGUAUGCCGACUGGACUGGCAAGACGUGUAUCGACAAUGGUUUCGCAUUCACCCUUCGCGAGUGCGAGCGCGAGGAACUGGAAGAGGCCAUCAGGGAUGCCAACGCCGACGACACGGUAGAUGGUAUCCUUGUCUACUACCCCGUCUUCAACAGCUCACGCGACCGCACCAUUCAAUAUAUUGUCGACAUGCACAAGGACGUCGAGGGCCUGUCACCCAAGCUCAUCAACAACAUGUACCAAAACAUCCGCUUCCUCGACCCUCCCCACAACACCCAAAAGUCCAUCCUCCCUUGCACACCUCUCGCCAUGAUCAAGAUUCUCGAAUACCUCAACAUCUACAACACCAUCUUGGACUAUGGAAAGAGAUUGUGGGGCAGAAGAAUCACUGUCAUCAACAGAAGCGAGGUUGUGGGUAGACCCUUGGCUGCACUAUUGGCAAACGAUGGUGCAGAGGUCUAUUCGGUUGAUGUCACUGGUGUGCAACGAUUCAGCAGAGGCCAGGGUCUGCGUAACCAGCAGCACGUCGUGGAAGAGAAUCCCGACAUGACAAUGGAAGACUGCUUGGCCAUCAGUGAUGUUGUCAUCAGCGGUGUACCUGGCGACAAGUUCAAGGUUCCCGUCGAGAAGAUCAGAGAUGGUGCCGUGUGCAUCAACUUUUCGAGUGAGAAGAACUUCACACCCGCUGUAAAAGAACACGCCUCGAUCUACGUCCCCGCGGUCGGCAAAGUCACCAUCAUGAUUCUCCUCCGCAACCUCCUGGUAUGCACAGCAAUGGCCCGCUACUUCCGCUCCCUAACCCCUUCCCAACUUUCCGCUCUCAAAUCCCUCGAGACACCUUCAAACACAUCAAACCACCCCAUUGCUUCUGAAGAAAACACUUCAACCCCUCCUAUCGAUAGCAUGCUUUCAUCAAGCAUACUUCCCGACAGAAUUGACAAGACGAAUGUGGAGACAUUGCUUAAUGAAACUGCUGACGAGUUGAAGCGUAUGGUGCAGAAUAACCCUGAUGUCGAUGCUAAGCCGGCGGAGGCUAUCGAGAGGGCUGGGACUGUGGAGGAAGCUGUUUCUACUGCAAAGGCUGCUGCAUAGGGAGGUGAAGUUGAGAAAUGUUGGAUUUGC